AUGAUCUUGACGGUGCCGCUGGCAAUCAUCGUCUUUGCGGCUACCUACCUGCCCGUCAUCCUCGAUCCCACGGACAGAAAUCCCGAGAGCCGUGCUCGUGAUCGUCUUUGGGUCAGCAGCAGUCCCUACUUCUGGGAUCGCCAAGCCUGCCGAUGGUUUAGUCUGUGUGGUCUGCACCACCUUCGAAGGGACCCAGCAGUGCUCCCGCCCCUCGAGGAUGAACCCGAAGAUGAGCUGAGGCUUGAAUUGCGCAAGCGCAUGGAUCGAACUUGGGAGGAGGAUGCUGAAUUGAAUGCGCAAGAGGCCGACGGUCGACGGAGUAAGAGGUCGGACAAGAAGAGAAACCCACAGGAGCGGCGCAAGAUCUUGAGGGAAGUUCCCCAGUAUGUCCUCAAGCAUGCGCCGCUGGUCCACCUCUACUCUGGCGAGCAGUUCUGGCCUUCGGACAUUCGCGAGCACAUUGAGCACAUGAUUGUCACGGUCGACCACAAGCGAGUCAACCUGACCGAAAAAGUAUCCCUGCACAACUUGCAGGCUCUCAACAAGUACGAAAAGCGCAUGGUCACCCUUCACAGCGUCGAGGAUGUCGAAUCUCGACCCAAGUGGCUGCACAGCCAUGACAACCUGCCGGUUCCCUUUGAUGACCCCAAUGCUUCAACGCCGCCCUCCUUGGGAAGCGGCAAGAAGGUGCACAGCGAGCCCGACACCUGGUUCGAUGUCGACAAGAAGCACCCCGUGCAUCGCAUCUCAGAUCCCCGAAACAAGAAUGUACCCGCGUACGCUCCUACACCCGCACCCGGCAAAGAGCAGCAGCGCAUUGUUCCCCGCGGUCACAAGCCCGAUCCCGAUGGCUACUCGAAGGCGCCAGCUACUCUUGUCCUGGUCGACAAGGGGUCGGGCAUCAUCGAUGCCUUUUGGUUCUUCUUCUACAGCUACAACCUAGGACAGACUGUCCUUGGCUUGCGAUUCGGCAAUCAUGUGGGCGACUGGGAGCACUGCAUGGUGCGCUUUCAGAACGGGGUGCCCCGUGGUAUCUUCUUCUCCGAGCACGAGGGUGGUCAGGCGUACGCUUGGGAGGCGGUUGAGAAGCGCGGCGACAGGCCCGUCAUCUACUCUGCCGUCGGCUCUCAUGCCAUGUAUGCCCUGCCUGGCAGCCAUCCCUACGUCUUGCCCUUCAAACUGCUCAAGGAUGUUACGGACAAGGGCCCGUUAUGGGAUCCCGCGCUGAACAACUAUGCCUACUUCUACGACUACACGCGCGAAGACCCCAAGGACACCAUCGAGCAUGAGGACGGCAUUGCGGAGAAGGGGCUCCUGCACGACACGCACAGCUUCACUCCCGCUGCGUCCAAUCCGGAUGCUCCGACUACGUGGCUGCACUUCCAGGGCCGUUGGGGCGACGAGGUCUACACUCUCGCCGAUCCUCGACAGUGGCGUCUUUUUGGCCAGUACCACUACGUGACAGGGCCUGCCGGACCCAAGUUCAAGAAUCUCGAGCGCCAAACGCUUUGUCCGGCCAGGAACUGCCGCCUGUUGUAUGAGGUUGAUCCCAAGGGCACCUGGUACUAG